GAAGAAUCGCUCUGACAUCGAAAUUAAAACCUGAGCUUGUGUUUGACGUCGACGCCUCAGGAUUGACCCGAAAAUUCACGACACGCUUUAAUUUCUACUCAGGGCUGAGCCGGUGUCGUUCCGCCAAAUCGCCAUGGCUGCAUCUCAUGGCACACCGGAUGUGGUGUGGCGUCCCACGAAUCCUGACGAGACGCCCAUGGCUAGAUACAGAUCGCGCGUCAAUGAACGUUUCAAUCAAGAUCUGAAGGACACGAAAGAACUCCAAAAAUGGAGCACCGAGCAGCCACAACAAUUCUGGAUCGAUCUAUACCGAUUCUUGAACUUUGUGCCGCCCUUGCCUCCCAACAUCACCAAAGCUUACGACGACACGGUUCCCAUGAGUACGAACCCGCCAUUUUUCUCGGGACAUGAGUUGAACUAUGCGGAGAAUGUGCUCUUCGCCAACCCAGACCCUGAGGCUCCUGCCUUGAUAGGGAUCAGAGAGGACCAGGACAUCUACGCAGACCAGGCCGAGGUCAUCAGCUGGAGAGGAUUUCGCGAGAGAGUCCGGCAGACUGCGAGCGCACUGAGACGGAGCGGCAUCAAGAAGGGCGACCGAGUCGGCGCUUUGGUGGCGGCAUCCAACUGGGCAGUGAUCCUUUUCCAUGCCACCGCGUCGUUAGGGGCCAUCUUCACCUGCAUCAGUCCGGAACUGGGCGUCGAAGGCUGCGUGGCGAGGCUUCAGCAGGUCACGCCGAGCAUUCUCUUUGUCGACAGCGACGUCGUGUACAAAGGCAAGGCGGUGGCCACGGCCCAGAAACUCGACGAGAUUCUGAAGCAGCUUCGACGGCGCCCGCAGGUCUUCGUGAUCCCGAUUUCGACCAAGCCGACCAACGUCCCAGACAUCAGUGCAUUUCUCCGCAGAUCGACUCCGUCUGACGACCUGACCUUUACGCGGGUACCCUUCAACUAUCCGCUGAUGAUAUGCUAUUCUUCCGGCACUACGGGAGCGCCAAAAUGUAUUGUCCACCAGCAUGGUCUCGUCAUGCAGGUGAAGAAGAUCUCCACCCUGCACAACGGCCUCGGGCCGGGGGAUGUGGUGAUGCAGUUCUCGAGUACCUCCUGGGUCGUGUUCUACGUCAUGUGUGGUCAUCUUUCGGCCGGUGCAACCCUGGUGGUGUACAACGGCAGCCCUCUGUUUCCCGACGCCAAACAGUUGAUACGAAUCUGCGACAAGUACCGGGUGACAUUCCUCGGAGCGUCCCCACGCCUUCUGUUUGAGAUGGAAAUGACGAAAACCGUGCUGAAGGACCAUUUCGACCUCACUCCUCUGCGCGCACUAUACACAACCGGCGCUCCCUUAUUGGUCGAGCAAUAUCGAUGGAUUUACCGAGCAUUUCCUUCUAAAAUGCAGAUUUGCAAUACCGCUGGCGGGACCGACACGGCGACCUCGAUCAUUGCGAUGGACCCCUGCGCACCAGUCUACGCGGGUGAAAUGCAAGUCGCCGGUCUCGGGAUGGAUGUGGACAUCCUGGAUCCCCACACGGGCGAGUCCAUCGCGCAUACCGGUCAGCCCGGCGAGCUGGUGAUGCGGAAGCCGUUCCCCAGCAUGCCAUGCUUCUUCUGGGGGGACACGGAUGGCAAGAUCUACAGAUCUGCCUACUUUGAGCGUUUUGACAAUGUCGACGUCUGGGCUCAACAUGACUGGCUGAGCAAAAACCCCGCGACAGGCGGCUAUGUCAUGCACGGAAGGAGUGACGGUGUCCUAAAUCCCUCAGGUAUCCGUUUCGGCAGUGGCGAGAUUUAUGCGAUCGUCGAGGUCAAGCCGUUCACCGACUACAUCAGCAACACUCUCUGUGUCGGCCGGCGAAGACCAGGCGACCCCGACGAGCAAGUCUUCCUCUUCCUGGUCAUGAAGCCCGGCGUCGAGUUCACGGAACAGCUGCGGUCGGAGAUCAAGACCAAGAUCCGCAACGCACUGUCCCCGCGACAUGUCCCCAAGUUCGUGUUAGCGGUGCCGGAUAUUCCAAUCACGAUCAACGGCAAGAAGAUCGAGAUUGCAGUCAAGGACAUCCUGAGUGGGAAAGAGGUCAAGCCGAGUGCCACGGUACAAAAUCCCGAAGUCCUGGCGUGGUUCAAGCGAUUUCGAGAUCUGGAGGUCGAGCCGAGAAGUGCGAAGCUAUAGACAAUACCGAGCCAGCGC